UGGGGUGAACGAAAAUUUUGUGCGUGCGUGCGAAUGCGAAGCAUAGAAAUUGCAUUUUUUACAUUUUUGAAAAAAAUUUGUAGAAUUGUAUAACUUUUGGAUUAUCAAUAAGCUGUUUGUAAAAAUCUCUUAAAAAUCAUAUCAAAAUUUGGAAAGUUACAAAACCCGGCGUUAUAUUGCUAUAAUCUAAUUUAUAUAUAAUCUAAUUUUAAUAAAAUACAGAUUUUAUAAAAAUUGGAUUUCUUUGGAAAAAAAUUAUCAAAUUUCCUCAAUUAUUUUAUUUCGUAAAAAAUUAUCAGAUUUCUUUUCACCAUACAAAUCCGAGUAUGAAAUUUUGCGCAAAUUUAUAAAUUUCCAAAAUACAAAUUUUACUCUACUAAAUUUACAUACCUAAAUUUACAUAUUUUAUAAAACUUUAUGAAAUAACUACAAACAAAACUGCAUCAAUAAAUUGAUCAACUUUCUAAAUUAAUUUGGCAAACUUCUGAUCUGAAAAUUUAAUUUAAAUUAAACUCUAUACACUUGAAAAAAUGUAUUUCGGCAGCAAAUUUCACCUAAUAAUUUUAUUGGGAGGAUUUUACCUCGUGGAGAAAAUUUAUUGCCAGGAUCCAGCAAUUGCUCAGUUAAAUACGAGAAUUACGUCGGUUAAUGCUACUGCAACGGCUAACAAGAAUUCCAUAACGAGUCUCCAAAGUCGCCUCACGAGCCUGGAAAAUACGCAGUAUAGCGACUACAACUAUUUGAAUGGAAGAAUUAACGCGAUAAAUACGAACUUGACAACCGUCUACGGAAUUUUGAACCAGCAAAAUGCCGCCAUUUCAGCCCUGUCGUUAGGAUUGGAUGACGUAAAUUCAAAAAUAACCGCGGCAAAUGAGCUAAUUGCCAAAUUACAGGCGGCAAAUCAAAUCUGGAUCAGUAAUUGGCGCGUGGUUAACAAAACUUUUGCCGAGUUGAGGAAAAAAUUGAAAUUUGUGGUGCCUCGGGGAGCCAUUAGGGUUGUGCAGGUUGGAUAAGCAGGGUUUUUUGUGUAAUUUAGUAAUAUAAUUUUGUGUAAUUUGGUAAUGUAUUUUUUUUGUAGUUUGGUAAUCAAAAUUAGAUAAGGGUUCCUUUUUAAAGAAUAUAAAAAUGCAAAAUAUUCACCAUUAUAAAAAUGCUGAGGUUGGUUUCAUGUAUUAAUUUAUUUUCGGCUGUUUCAUAGCUGUUUAAAAUUUCACCAUAUUUUGUCGGUAAGGCAAUUCAGGCCUUGGUAACUUUGUAAAAUCAUCCGUAAAUUCUGUAAACUUACAAACUUUUUACAAAAUUUUACAAAUAUUUCUGUGGAAAAUUAGGCUCAAAAUUUUUGUAAACUUGCUCAGAUCAAGGGCGUCUUUUUAUCUGGUAAAAGUUCGAAGAAUUAAUUUACAAAACACCAGAUUUUACGUUUACGAUUUUACGAUUUUAAGUACCAAUGACUGCGUGAAUUGCUUCAUUGUGUUAAAAAAUGUGUCCAAAGAUUUGCUUGACUUGUGUAAAUAUUUGUAUCCACUUUAAGGUUUUAGUAAUUUA